ACGAACAACGAUCUCCACUCGCUGAAAUACGACAUAACAAUUACGCGUAUACCUUAACGAAUGAAAAAAUGGAACAUCUGCUGUAAUCAAGCGCAUUUGCGGUGAGCGUCGAUCUGUAAAAAGUUCGUUUUUUUUCUCUUAGUUUACGACGCUUAUUGCGGUCGGAAUGAAAUCAUGACCGAUCGAGAGGUCAAUCAAGCACGACUAUAAAAUACACACGAACGUCUUCCAAUGCAAAUUCAGUCCCCGGCGCAUGAUCUCAUGCUUCAACUCCCGGGAGCCAAUCAAUCGCAACGAUCUGCGCGAUACGAUUCAAUAUAAAAUCGGCCGUAUUUAACACUCUAUGCGCUGCAUUGACCUUCGUCGUUAAUUCAUUAUCGAUGGCAGCUGCUGCCGCACGUUUGCCAUUUCCUUCUCUCUGAAUUUUGCGCAAAAAUAGCGACGUGAUUCGCUUCGUCGAAAUUUAACGAUCCAUCACGAUUUUGAGUUUACAACCGUACUGAAGCUAUAUACAGGUGUUACAUAAUAUCGCCGACGAGACAUCCGCAAAACAGAAUAGUCCGAGGGAUUUCCAUAAGCUCCGCGAUUACGCGUAUCGAUUCGCUCGAAAGAUUUACGCCGUUUAAGGGAUAUAUCGAUGCAUCGCGCGGCGAUACGAUAAAGCACAACAAAAGGCAAAAAGCACUCUCGGGGGCAUAUCUCGCUCGCGGCGCGCGUUAUCGAAGGAGAUAUUCAUUGUCGAUUAUUGAAAUCAUGCGGAAGACGAUCCCUCGCGGGAUACUUUAGAGCAGGUGAUUUACACGUAUUCAUUCCCCGGAGAGAGAGAGAGAGAGAGAGAGAGAGAGAGAGAGAGAGAGAGAGAGAGAGAGAGCUCACAGGGGCUGAAUGGAGGGAUCCCAUAGUACUCUCCACUUAGCUGCACUCUAUAUAUUACGAAACCCACUCUCUCUCUCUCUCUCUCUCUCUCUCCCUUUAGACAAGGUGAACCUCGAUUAAACUGUCAUUUACCGGGCGUGCAAUUUGUCCCGACGAGUUUGCGCGACGAUGACGACGAGGGCGAAGAAGAAGCCAGCCAACUUAUCGAGGAAUAAUGAGACAGCUAAAUGUCCGCCAUCCGCUCUCGUGUAACGCUAUAUAUAAAUCCAUACGUAUAUCCAUUAUGUAUCUCUUGGAAAAUAAUCGAGCGAAGGAAAAAUCGCGAUGAUCGCCGAGAGACAUGCCUCAAUGCUCUCAGCGCGCAUCAUCGCGAGAGUAUAACACAGGGUAUAGUACACGAACGUCCUCCCUCUCUCGAUUUUUUUAUAUGUCACUGGGUCAAGAGCCUUUCCAUUUCGCCCACAAGCUAGUGCAGCACUUUCGUUCCGCACUUGCGUUAAACGCACGCAUGGAUAAAAGUCGCGCGCAAUUAGCUCUUUCUCUCUGCGCCGCGGGGAAGUGAGUCUCCCCAGACGAGAGACGAAGAAGAAGGAGGCUGUGCACGCGAAUGAGAUAUAAAAUACGAUCGACCUUCAGAGAGAACGCGGCAGGUGAUCGACCUUUGGGAUCUCUCCUCUGCACAGCCUUAUACACUCUCUCGCUCGCGCUUCACUUUCCUGCAACCGUGAGCGCACUCGCAGCCCGCAGUGCUAUGUCUUAUAGUCCUCUCCGCGUAACUCAAUCGAUCGCGAGUACAGCGCUGCUCUCUCUCCCUCCUGACGAUCGUGAUUUCUCGGAUCUGGAUAGCGAGAUCUUUAGUCGUCGCUGAAUGGUGCAGUGUCAAUGCCACCGUAAUGGCUGCGCCGCUGCUGCAAUCUAUUGUUUAACCAUUGUGGCUUGUACAUAGCCACUCUGCGUGUAUAUAGGGGGACUGGGAACUUUAGUUAUCAUGACGCUGCGGUAUGUUAUUUCCAAAAGGAUUUUAUAGAUCGGCAGAUUGUUUCUUACCGAUCGCCGGGACUGACAAAUUGUCCUGCGUUUUCGAACCGUGUCUUUCGCUACACUACAUAUACCGAUCACUUAACGAUCGCGCGAUGACGCAUUGCACGAUAUUCGAAUUAUUUCGUUAAACGCGCCUACGUAGCUAUUCACCGAAGCACCUAGCUCUCGGCUUAUCAGAGAGGACAAAGAGACGAGAGAAAAAUCGGGCUACAGGAAAACAAACGAUAUUGUGACGUUGCGAAGCAAUUAGUAGCAUUGAUCGUGGACGAGAGGAACGAGAAGAAGGACGAUCGAAGCGUGACAGUAAGCGACCAUGAAAUCAGAUAGAUUCUCCCACGAAUCCACUUGGGAUUAUAUCGGAAAGAGAUCGGAAUAGCGACGCGGACUAGCAACAGCGGAUGCGGUAAGAGGCAAGCAUCAAGGAAUUUCAGCCAAUGACUGAUUUAAACGGAAAUCAAGGGUGAUUCGGAGAAAUGAAGACUGCUCGCUCGAUACCUUUCUAUUAUACGAUAUACAUAUCCUGGUUGCUGGCGAUAAUUGGCGUAAUGAGCGCGAUUUUUUUGAAAACAAAAUCGGUAGCAGAUUAUACUCGUGUAAAUUCAACGUACAUUGUAAUUUAGAGGCCGGUAUCAGGCAAACAAAAUGUUUGCAUGUCUCGAAGGUGUAUGUACGCAGUGCUGGCUUUUACGUACGUCACUUCGUUUGUGAAUAUGUGUUCAUGAUUACAUGAAGGUUAAUGUAUCUAUGCGUUUGCUUCAACAAUAAACCUUGCACGUACACGCCGCGUUUACGUGCAUCCGAUUUAUAUUAAUUGAGGAAUUGAAUUCGAUAAUUUUACAAUUAUUUCGAUGAUCUCUCAUAAAAUUAAAAUAGACGUUUUCAAGUAUUGUUUAUACAAAAAUUUAAAAGUCAUUAGACUAUUGAAUGCAUAAAUAUUCGUAAGAAUACAGUUAUGGUAAAAUAAGAAAGAAAUAGAAAAAUUUUCAAAAACUUACAGCGGUUUUUUUACGACACAGCCAACAUUUAAAUUUAUGUUACCGGAUAAGACGCAGUUGGCAUUGUUUAAACUAAAUACAAAUAUACCACAUCCUGAUUAUUGUAUUACCGAUUUCGGAACCAAAAUUGUAUAUUGACUUUUUUAUCCGGCGCUUACACCUGAAGUACUAAUAUUAUCGUUCAUUCAUACCGUUCUUUAAAAUUUAUCAUCAUUAUCUCCCUACGAUGGCGCUACUCUCGCGGUAUAUAUAUAUCACAGUCCCUCGCCGAUUCAGCACGCGACAGCGUGUACAGAGAAUUAAUUCGCUUUUUUCGUCUGCGUUGAUUCGGUUACUUAUGGAUCAGUCCGUAAUCGUCGUUGAUUAGUGUGAGAAUUGAUAUGAAGAUUGUUUAAAUAAAUUAUAUUGUUCGUUUUCAUCUUCUAUCAUCAUCAUGUGGUGCUUCUAUUUAUUUCUGUCGACGUUCUUUCUCUUUUCCAGUGCACAUCCGCAUGCGCAGUCCAAUGCGGGGCAUGAAACUGAAAUGAUUCCUGAUACGCCUGAAGGCAUCUACAUAGCAUCAACACCUGGUACUUACUCGUACAGAGCAACGAACAAGGAGGGCAAGGUUACAGGAUUUUAUUUACUGGCUGACGCUGCCGAUCGGAUUAAAAUCACUUUUACCCAAUUCGAUGUUCCAUGUGGGGAGAAUAGCGAAACUGGUAGCUUAGUUCAGUACACUGAUGGCUGGGAAUUGAACCGUCAAGUAUUUCCAAUCACAGAGAGCCAUCCCGAUCCUAAGGUUACUGAGUUUUGUUCGAACAAUCCACCUGGUGAGAGGACUUUUGUCAGUUCGCAAAAUGGAGCUUUGAUAACGUUCAAGAUCUUUGAGGUUGACAAAGGAUUCACUGUAAAGGUGGAACAUCAAAAGCAUCCUUCCCCCUGUAAUGUGAUUUCCAAUGGCGAGCCUUACGUUGUUUUGAGGAAUCAUGGAAGCAAAAUAAAUUGCUCUUAUUGGUUCAUAAGCAAAGCGAAGGUUACCUUGAAUUCCUACAGUAUUGGCAAUUCACAAUCAAGCGAUGACACUUCGGUCAAGUGUUCCGAUCGUAUUGAAAUUGGAGGAAGUGACGGUCUGGAUCCUGAUAGCAUCGAACUGUUGGAUACCGUCUGCAAUAACUCGAAUGAUAAGACAGAAAAACUGAUCAAUUGUUCAACAACAACCAUUAAGCUAGUAUCAAGUGGAGCUUACGAAAACUAUCUUAACGUUACAAUCGAACCUGUUGAUCCAGAGGAACCAAUCAGCAACACCAAGUAUCGAUGUCAUCAAACGGCCAAAUAGAGAAGAAGAAGAAGAUCUGUAAACUUGUAUAGUCUAUUAAAAAAACUUUAUUUACAUCGGGCGAUGGAAUUUCGCGAUGCUUUUAGACUAAAACUAUAAUUAAAUUUCAAACGCGAGAUCUCUUAUUCUUGAUACUUGUAUACCUCGUUAUUAGAUAUAUACCAUAAUUAAAAAGCUUAAUUAAAUCACAAAGUAAAGUAGUCUAUAGGUAAUGCGCAAAGCGACGCAGUGUUUUUCAAUCGUAACAGAGUGUCUAACUCAGCAUUUAUUUUCAAAUUAAAUUCUUUCCCACCAGAA